UCCCAGGUCCUUCUCCACAGAGUUCUGCAGCAGGUCAUCCCCCAGACUGUACUGAUACAUGCACUAAAUUCUAUAAGCUCUAUCGUUCUGCUCUAUUGUUCAAUUUCAGCAUUCAGUAAAUGGGGGGAGGGGAGAGGUAACGCUUCCUUUUAAUGACAAGUUUUCUGCUUUUCCUGGUUAUCUAGCUGCAGAAUUCUGGCAGCAUUCCUAAAUUACUCAUGCAGUUUUUAAAAAUACUUAAUAUGCUGAGGAAAGAAUUUCAACAUGAGUGAUUUUUGGACAUCUAAAUAAUUUAUUAGAUUUUCUCAAGGGAAAAGUUAAACAAUGGAUUGCAUUAUGCCCACUGCUUUCUAACCUCGGUAUAGGGUUGUUAAUUUUGGCUUGCAGUCACAACCAGUUUAUUAUUUACUAGUUUUUCCAUCUGAAUAUUACUUGGUAUCACAAGUCAAUGUUAACAGCCCUAUCUCCAUGUAUUUCCUGGCCCAGCUGGGUCUUGACACUCGCCCUCCUGCCUCUCACCUCUGGAGAUCAGAAGCUGCGACCUGAGACCCUGCUGAGGGGUAUGCAGCAGUGGGGGCAGACCCUGGUGUUAUGAGUCUAGGUUACUCUAUCUGUGGGGUGCUUGCUGAGUGCAUUUGGAAAUACUGGAGAACUGUUCAAGAAUCUGUUUAAUUUACUUCAGGCUGGUAAUCAGACAACUGCUUAUUGAUAAAAUGUUCAACAGUUCAGUGACAACUUUCUUCAGAAGAAUAAUCGCUACUGCUCUGCUCUUGGCUUAAUAUCAGAGUUCUGUGACCUAUACAUCAGUGCUAAACAUCAGCAGAGAAUCCUAUUCUGUGUAGAUGAAACAGGCAUCGGUCAUGAGAACCUAUCUCGAUUUAAAGCUGCUUGCUUGGUUUUCUGGGAUUAAAGGUGUUCAUUGAAUCAGUGUCCCAUCCCGUCCCCCCCAUGAAUCAGGCAACCAAUUCUUGUCAACAGUUGGCUGAAAACUGUGCAGUGCAUGUAGCAGGUAUGGCGCAAGAGGACAGUCACCGUGGUCAAGUGCCACCCACGUUUUAUCAUGGUGCCAGCCAGGAACUUGAUCUAUCCACCAAAGUAUACAAGAGAGAGUCAGGAAGUCCUUACUCAGUGUUGGUGGACAGCAAAAUGAGCAAACCACAUCUCCAUGAAAGAGAAGAGCAGCCAUAUUUCAGGGAAAACAGAUCAGUAGGAGAAGUCCGGGCUGUGAAAGAAGAUAGAGAAAACUCUGACGACUCUGAGGAGGAGGAAGAGGAGGAAGAUGAAGUGACUUACAAAAGGGAGCAGAUUAUAGUAGAGGUAAACCUUAACAACCAAACAUUAAAUGUAUCAAAAGGGGAGAAGGGUGUCCCCUCCCAGUCCAAAGAGACUGCUGUUCUUAAGACCAGCAGUGAGGAAGAGGAGGGUGACAGUGGGGAAGAGGCCACUGAAGAAAGUAAUGAUGAUGAGGAAAAUGAGAGGCAGAAGAAAAAAGAGAAAAGAGUGGAAAAAGUUAGUGUUGCACAAAGGAGAACAAGGAGAGCUGCAUCUGCUGCAGCAGCCACAACUUCCCCAUCACCCAGAACUACAAGGGGUCGUAGAAAGAGUAUGGAGCCCCCCAGGCGUAAGAAGAAAGCUGCAAAGGAGCCCAAGGCACCUGUGCAGAAAUCAAAGUGUGAAGAGAAGGAGACUUUAACCUGUGAGAAGUGCCCCAGGGUGUUUAACACACGCUGGUACCUGGAGAAGCACAUGAACGUCACUCACAGGCGCAUGCAGAUCUGCGACAAAUGUGGGAAGAAAUUUGUUCUAGAAAGUGAGCUGUCCCUUCACCAGCAAACAGACUGUGAAAAAAAUAUCCAGUGUGUUUCCUGUAAUAAAUCAUUCAAGAAGCUCUGGUCCCUCCAUGAACAUAUCAAGAUUGUCCACGGAUAUGCAGAAAAGAAAUUCUCUUGUGAGAUUUGUGAAAAGAAGUUCUACACUAUGGCCCAUGUGCGAAAACAUAUGGUUGCACACACAAAGGACAUGCCAUUUACAUGUGAAACCUGUGGAAAAUCAUUCAAACGCAGUAUGUCUCUCAAAGUACAUUCCCUACAGCAUUCUGGAGAGAAACCUUUCAGAUGUGAGAACUGUGAUGAGAGGUUUCAGUACAAGUACCAGCUGCGUUCCCACAUGAGCAUCCACAUUGGGCACAAACAGUUCAUGUGCCAGUGGUGUGGCAAAGACUUCAACAUGAAACAGUACUUUGAUGAGCACAUGAAAACACACACUGGAGAAAAGCCCUUUAUCUGUGAAAUCUGUGGGAAAAGCUUCACCAGCCGCCCAAACAUGAAGAGACAUCGCCGAACUCACACAGGGGAGAAGCCCUACCCAUGUGAUGUGUGUGGCCAGCGAUUUCGCUUCUCCAACAUGCUCAAGGCACACAAGGAGAAGUGCUUCCGUGUUACCAGCCCCGUGAAUGUGUCAUCUGCAGUCCAGAUUCCGCUGUCCACAGCUUCUCCUGCCACCACAGUCCCUGCUGUAGUAAACACACCCACCACCCCAACUCCACCUAUGAACCUGAACCCAGUGAACACACUUCCUCCACGCCCCAUCCCCCACCCAUACUCACACCUUCACCUACAUCCUCAUCCUCACCAUCCACAUCAUCUUCCGGUUCCCCCUGUUCCCCAUUUACCUCCUCCUCCAGCUCUUUUUAAGAGUGAGCCUUUAAAUCACAGAGGUCAGAGUGAGGACAACUUCCUGCGACACUUGGCAGAAAAAAACAGUUCAGCACAGCACCACUAACAUCUUGGCUUCCUGUCAGUCAUUUUCCCAUUUUAUGCACAUGAAAACAUGCCCUCAUGGAGGUACAGAGGGUUACCUGAUGAGGAUUUUUGUCCAUCUCUUAGCCCCAGCAGAUGAUCCUUGUUUUUCCUUUUAAUUCGUUAGCAAAUGAGGAAAUCCUGGUUUGGAUCAGCAGUGCUCAUUUGAACCUGGGAAUCAACAGGACUCAACCCCAAUUUGCUUGUGUUUUACUGGUGACUUUUAUAAAUUUCAGAUACUGAAACUUGUGGAAUUUUAUAAUUUCAUAUCAGCUGAUGAGGUAUGCUUGCUUUUAUAUCCUGGACUUCUCCUCAAAGAGGAGAAAGCCUGGGUUUUCUUUGUACUAAUCGGAAAGGCUGUGAGAUUAAUACAGAGCAUUAAUUGUAUCACUGUGUAUUGUAAUGGAUUUUUUUCAGCUUUUGGUGCCGGCUAUGGAGUGAGCCAGACACGUAUCACAGUAUAUUUGAGCAUUAUAAAGAAAGACAAAAAAAAAAAAAUUGUUUCUGUAGCUCUCCUAACACACUCUUUAUUUUACUACAGAAAUUAUUUUAGAGUUUUUUGUAUAGACCUAUUUAGUAGUCUGUUUCUAAAAUGAAAUGUAUUUCAAUAAGCGGUGUAAUUUUUUCAGUGUAGCUGGACCUAUGUUGUAUAAUAGAUAAAUUUUUAUAAUCA